AUGGAACCAAUUUCUAAAAUUGAUUGGGACAAAGGUGAUAAAGAUGGGCUUGUCUCCGUCGGUUCCCAUAGACUCCAUUUGUCCGUUUCGGGACCAGAUCGCAAGCCCGGGGAGCCCAUCGUCGUUCUCAUGCAAGGCGUUGGCAGCACAAUCGAUGAAUGGGUUGUAGUGCGAAGGCUUGUGGCUCCAUUUGCCCGUUGGUUGAACUAUGAUCGUUCAGGGAUGGGUAGGAGUGAAGGUCCCAACCAAACGCCACCAAGCAUAUCUGCAGCAUCAGUCGCAGCAGAGCUUGAUACUCUCCUAAGAAACGCCGGUAUUGAGCCUCCGUUUAUGAUUGUCGCUCACUCUUGGGGAGGCUACACCUCUCGCGAGUUUCUGGAACUCAGACCCAAUGAUGUCGUGGGCAUGGUAUUCGUGGAUUGUAAUACUGAACGUUUCUUUGACAGUGGUGCGUGGGGUUGGGACGCUUUCAGUGCAGUCAUCGGUGACCAAGAUUUCUUUGAAACUACCGGUCUUGUAACAUCCCAUGUUCUAUCUGAAGAGGAGUGGAAAGCCGUCCAAGAUGAGCAGGCUGACCCCCGACAUCAAGCCACCGAGGCUGCUGAGUCGGUGCCGAAUGACAGACGGGCAUUGGCUGACAAGAAUCAACUCGAAAAGCUACUUCUCAAGGAUUGUCCGGUCAGUGUCAUUAUUGCGGAUACACCUGAAGAUUUCCAGAAAAUGUAUGACUUUGGAGUUGCCGCAGGCAAUGGAACUGAACAGGAACGGGCUCUGUUUCGAAAAUGUCUCGAUCGAUGGCGCGAGAUGAAUGAGGACUGGCAAAGAGAUCUUUUGAGGCUUUCACGUCUCAGCAGAUCCGUCCGUCUGCAUUGCAGUCACAAUGUACAGCUUUUGCAGCCACAGAGCAUAGUUCAAGAGAUACAGUGGACCAUGGAUAACAGCAGAUAA